AACAAAACAAAGUUGUCUCACUAAUUGCAUCAUCAGGUUCUGCACUCCUAUUGGUUUAUGAUUUGAUAGUUAUUCAAACUUAUUCUUGCCGCUCUACGUUGUUACAUUUUUAUAUAGCCUACAUUUUUUUUUUUUAAAGCAGUUUAUUUUAUUUACUAGAACAAACACUUAAGCUUUGGAAAUAUUAAAUAUCUUAAGUUAAUCCAAAAUUAAAAUCCUGUCAUCAUUUAUGCUCUUUCAUGUAAUUCCAAAAUGUACUUUGAAUACUUUGAAAAUGUGAAAAAGAAGUUUUUUUUUUUUUUUUUUUUUUAACAUACAAUGGAAGUCAAUGGUAACCAAAACCUUGUUAGUUGUUAGUUCCUCUUCAGUUCUCCUGAUGUAUUUAUAUAUGAGAUGGUGGAAGCAAAUAAUAUUGCUCUCAAAGUGAAACUAGCUCUGUUCCCUAUUUUGUGAUUGUGAACAGUGUUAGAACAGUGUUAGAGUGAUAGAUUUUUGCCUUUGUUUUUGGAUAGCAGUCAUUUAUCAUGAACAGGACCCUUGCACUCCAUCCAUGGACAGCGCUGGUAACCAAUGGCCCUCUUCACCUGUAUCAUCAUACUUUAUCCAGUAAGAAUGGAGUAUUGGAUGAUGAGCCAGAUACUGAUGUGCCAUAUGACUAUGAUGACUACUACGCUGGAAAUGUUGAUUCAUCUGCGUUUUCCUGUGUUUAUGGAGAACAUGGAGCCAGCAUUCUUCCAGUGUUAUACUCCCUUUUUUUUGUGGUGGGCUUUCUGGGUAACGUGGUGGUCUGUGUGGUCUCCAUGGGUGUCAAACUGAGAAGCAUGACUGACAUCUGUCUCCUGAACCUGGCUUUAUCUGACCUGCUCUUGGUCUCCUCCCUUCCCUUCCUGGCACACUAUGCCAGAGACCAGUGGAUCUUUGGAGAUGUCAUGUGCACUAUGGUCCUCAGUGUCUACCACAUCGGAUUCUACAGUGGGAUAUUCUUCAUUGUACUGAUGAGUGUUGAUCGAUACUUAGCUGUAGUUCAUCCUGUGUUUGCCUUGAGAGUCAGAACAAGGACAUAUGGGAUCUUAGCCUGUGUGGUCAUGUGGAUUGUUGCUGUUUCUGCAUCCUUUCCUGAGUUGAUGCACUUGAAAACCACAGAUUAUAAUGAACAAAAACAUUGCACAUCUUAUCCAACAAAUGAUCAAAAUUCUCAUAUUUUUUUGAGGACUUUUGGUAUCUUGAAAAUGAAUAUCAUUGGUUUAAUUCUCCCGCUUAUUGUGAUUGGAUUUUGUUACUCAGUGAUUCUGAAGAGACUCCUGACAGCACACUCUUCCAGGAGGCAGGCCAUGCAUCUUGUCAUUGUGGUGAUGGUGGUCUUCUUCUGUUGUUGGGUUCCAUACAAUGUCACAGCUUUUAUAAAAGCCUUAGAGCUGAAUGAACUCAUAACUCAGUCUUGUGACAGCAGUAAGGCAAUCAGUCUAAGUCUACAGAUAACAGAAGCUUUGGCUUACUCACACAGCUGCCUGAAUCCCAUUAUCUAUGCAUUUGUGAGAGAGAAGUUUAGGAGGCACCUUUUCAGACUCCUGUACAGGACACCCUUGAGUAGACUGCAAUUCAUGAAGAACUACCUUACACAGGCCACAGUAUCAGUUUAUUCACAUAAAACUAAUGAUGAGAAAACUAGUACAACAGUGUGAAUUGGAAAAAGACUGUCAAAAAGAAAUUUAAAGUUUAUAAAAUUUAUAUGGUUAUACUUAAUUUUGUUUUGAAUCUACCAGCAUUGGUGUAGUGGAGAUUGUAAAAGGUUGAAUCAUUACUAUUAAUUCAAGCAGUUUAUCACUUGCAAACUAUAGAUUGCUUUAAAAGUACUUUCAUACCAUAUGAAAAAGCAUAAUGAAUUGCAGACGAAUAAUCCUUUUACACCAAGAGCAGAUGCAUCAGUCUGAAGGAAACGCAAGUUCACAACUGUACAUCAGAGGGCACAACACAAGCACACCAUUACAAAUAACAGAAUGCGGGAGAGACAAAUUCAACUAAUGUUCCUUUUAAGGCAAGUCAGUUCACUCAUUGGCCAUCUUGGGAAUGCAUUUGUCAUGCAAGUGCAGCUUCUAACUUUACAGGUGUUUCCAUCUGGAGUUUACAACAGCAGAUAUAUAAUGAUGUAUUCAUUCAACAGCAAGAACUGUUGUAAACACCAGGCAGUGGCAUUGGCUCUUUUAUUUGGAAGGCGGAACUUAUUUACUAGACCUGCCAUAUUGGGUGUUCAAAUUUCUCAUUGUAACGCCAUUGGCCUUGGCUUUAAAUGGUCUCUUCAAUGAAAAAGUUUUGUAUUUAACUUAUAUGUAAUUCAUGAGGUAACAUCUACAUUUUGUUGAAGUGUAAGCAAUUGUGUAAGAUUAUUGAAUAUGUAACUGAAUUCAACCAACCUGAAAUAUUUUACCAAGGCAGUAUAUUUUGAUUUGUCCUGCUCAAAUAAUCACUUAGUAAGUUUGAUAUAAUCUGUUUUUGUUUAUAGGAUGAAACUCUAUUUUCAUCUUGAUGUAAUUACAUUGUUAUCUCAAAUACAAUUUUCACAGACUUCUUACAAAUUAGUUAUCUUUUUAUGCAACCUUUUAUGUAACCUGUCUUAUAUGAGAAUCCCUGUAUAUAAAUAUUAUUUAUGUUAAAUAAAUGUUACUAUAACAAGUAAGAAAAGAGUUGCUGCACGUAACUCAAAUUAAAAAGAGAACAUGUGGAAUAAAAGAAAACAAGAUUAAGUGAGUUUCGAGAUAACUGUUUAUUAAAAGAGGACUUGGCUCUCUGGGCAAAUGAAAACAGCCUGUAGUAUAUCUAGAUGACGCACUGCCAGUGCUACCACUGACUACAGCUUUCACAUCCAAUCUAAAACAUGAUUAUGAAUAACUUUCUGUUUUCUGUCUUGGUUUUUGUUGUUUUUUCUUUUGUUUUCUUCUGUCAUUUGUGCCAGACCAAUAUCUAUCACCAGUGAUCGCUCACAUUAUUUCUAGUUUCAUUGACUGACUCACCAGUGGCACUCGUUACUCCAGGGAUUCAGAGGGAGAGUUGAUUUUUUCCCCCUCAUGCUAGAGAUGUUGUCAUCUCAUCGCUCUCCUCUGGAUUCUGUGGAUUCUGCUGGAAAUCUUGGUCUCAUCAUUGUCCAUUCCAUCACUGUUUGGUGUGGGUGUUUUCUACCUACUCCUUAAUACCAAUUGUUUUGAUUAUUUCAUUUAUUUCAAUACAUUUUUGUUUGGAAUAUUGCGACUGACUGUUCUACUGGGUUUGGGUCCUUCUUUUCCUCAUUGCAUGACAUUGGUGAUGAUGGCAUAUAUCGAUUCCUAUCAUCCCAAUUAAAUGAAUAUUUGUGAAUUAGCUGAUGUCCCAGAAGAAUAUCAUCAGAAAAAAAAAAAAAAAACAUCAAAAGUUUAAUCAAAAGUUUAUGCACUGUAUUCUAUAAUAAAUAAGGCUACCUAUUGCAAUGUUUAUUAUAAGAUUAAUAUGAAUAUUUUUCUUUUGCAUGUAGCUUAUGUAGUUUAUAAAAUAAACAAGAAAAUAAAAAUGAUAGAAUAAUCACAUAUAUUAUUCUAUUUAUAUUACAUAUAUUUAUUAAGUGACAUACAUUUCUGGAGGUUUAAUUUAGGGAAUUUUGUUAACACUCUGUACUGUAGUAAUCACUGUAUCCUUACCAGAACUGUUAUCAAUCAGGCAAAACAACUCAGACAAUUUAUCAUAUUAAACAAACUAUGAAUUAUUUAAACAUUUUUAAAAGUUGCAGUUUAUAAUAUUAAACAUAAUAAUCUUAUACAUAAUACCCAGCGGGCCCCCCCCCCCCCCCCCCCCCCCCAAAAAAAAAAAAAAAAAAAUCAAAUAACUAUAAUGUUGCACAGUGUAUCAUAUAUUGGAAAAUAUAUAUUCACACACACACACACACACACACACACACACACACACACACACACACACACACACACACACACACAAAUAAAGUUACUGAAGUUUCAAUAUUCACAUGGAUCAAAGGAACUUUAAAAUGAAAAUACUGGCUUUGAUUUUGUUAUUCCAGAUUUUAAUAUAAAUGUUAACGAAUGAACACCAGAUCAUUGUAUAGUUGAGAUGAUAGUUUUAAUGGCAUUGUAUAGAACACAGUUAAAAAAGGUUAUAAUAUGUUCAGAUAGUUUAUCAAUGUUGAUAUAAUCUCAAAACAGAUUUGAUAUUCUCUAUGAAACUAUACUACCAUAGCUAGCUACAUCA